CCAAACUAGAUGUAAACGAUUCAGAACUUUCAGACCUGCUGAAAGGAACGUGUGUACUAGCCUCCUCCGCGGAUUUCGUUGGUUAACUUAUUAUGAAAAAAUGUCUGUGAAUGAAGUGUACGUUUUCCGACCGUUCAAGUUGAUCGCUUUACUUUGUGUUUUUCUUGCUCUGUGUUUGGACAUCGUUGCGUUAUUGAGCCCCGCUUGGGUAACGGCGGAUCGUUUUUAUUUGUCGCUAUGGGAGGCAUGCACAGAAUCAGAGGCGACGAUCACAUACUCUCGCUGGAGUUGCACCUCCACCCUCACAUCUGACUGGCAGAUAGCCACUCUGGUGCUGCUGCUGUCUGGAGCUGCAGUGACGCUGGUGGCCUUCCUGAUCGCCCUCAUCUCCCUGUGCCGGGGGACUCACAGACAGCACUACCGCACUGUGGCUGUGUUCCUGUUCACCGCAGUGGUUCUCCAGGCCUGCGCGCUGGUGCUCUACCCCAUCAAGUUCAUCGACGGUGCAGUUCUGCAGACCUACCAUGAGUUCAACUGGGGCUACGGCCUGGGCUGGGGGGCCACCAUCUUUAUGCUUGGAGGCGGCAUCCUCUUCUGCCUGCGAACGGACAUGUACGAGGACGCUAUGUACUGAACCCUCUUUCCUCCCCUCCCCCCUCUCUCUCUAGUUUCCUCUCUCUAUGCUCUCAAUCUCCCUCACUCUUUUUGAAAUGCAUAAGAGCCCUAGCAGACAGACAAACUUCCAGCCCCCCCCCCCCCUCCCCGAGCCCCCACAUACAUGGCUUACAUUAAAAA